UGUGUCGAGUGAAGCGAGUCCAAGCAGAGAAGAAGCCACAGCCGCCACAUGACGGCAAGCAACAGCACCAAUACUCUCCAGUUCACCAUCUUUUAUUUUAAACUCUUUUUCGUACUUUUGGAGUGGAGGGGGAGAAAAAACACCUUGGAUUCUUUAUGAAGAAUGGGCUGUGCAAUAUCUGGCUUGGCUGAAAGUGCAGGCUUGGCAGAAAAGAUUGUAAGGGACCAUGAUGCUGGAGGAAGAGGAGGAGGACAACAUCCCAAUCAAGACCAGAUUGACAUGAUCAAGGAGUCGUGGAAAGUUAUCAGAGACGACAUAGCAAAAGUUGGCAUCAUAGUGUUUGUCAGGCUCUUCGAGACCCACCCCGAAUGCAAGGACGUUUUCUUCCUGUUCCGAGACGUCAAGGACCUGGAGAGGUUGCGGACCAGCCGGGAACUCAGAGCACACGGACUACGCGUCAUGUCUUUUAUUGAGAAAAGUGUGGCCAGGUUGGACCAAUUGGAGCGACUGCAGGCGCUGGCCGUGGAGCUGGGAAAAAGCCAUUACCACUACAGCGCCCCUCCCAAAUACUACGAUUAUGUCGGAGCAGAAUUCAUCAGUGCCGUGCAGCCAAUCUUGAAGGACAGAUGGACCGCUGAGCUGGAGGAGGCAUGGAAGACCCUGUUUCAGUACGUGACCUGCCUGAUGAAGCAAGGCUACAAGGAGGCGGACAGACAGAACCAUCCCGCAGUCUCCCCAAAGGAGAGAGCAGACAAGAAGAACACGGCGCUCUGAGAGGCUCACUCCAAGUCUUGGUGUACAUGUUUGCUCUUCUAUAGCAGAACGGACCCAAACACUGCGAUUUCUUUUCAACAUAGCACUUUAUUAGUCAACUGAAAUUCUGCUGCGGGCCAGACCCGGCGCGCUCGGGAUUCUCUGCCUGUAACUCAAACGCGCCUUUCAGUACAUCUUUAUCAGGACAUAAAAUUCUGUACAAUUUAGCUUCAUCCUCAAGUCUGAUUUGCAUUUUCAAUGAACUGAAGCUUUCUACAUAACAUUUUGUUGUUUGACAAAGUAAGAGGGCCAGUGUGGCAGCUUCAGAUUUCCAUCAUAUGAGGGAGACUAUAAGCAUUGUACUUAUUACAUAAAAAUAAAACUACUAAGACAUGUGAUUUUAGUUUUUUUUCCAUGCAACUCUUCUAAUAUCAAUACACUGAAAAACA